CCCAACCUUCUUCGACUUCAACCUCUUAUCAUCGGCUGAAUCAUGCGUGACGACGGCUCUCUUACAACCCCAAUUCUCGCUCCAUCAUUCAUAUUUAUGCUGAUGAGCUUUUCUGGACGUCCAUGAAAGCAAUUACGACAAUCGGAUAAUCACGCUGACGCUGGACCUCGGCGCCGUGUCGCGCUGGCAAGACAUCCUGGCCGUCAUCUUAUCAUUACAGUACUUCAGUCUUAACAAUGUCCUUCUUCACUCUCCCGCCGAAACAGUCCAAGGCACUGCGCAUCGUUAACCCCGAAACUGGACAAGACACGCUCCCGGUGCCAACGCCCAAACCAACAACACCCACCAACAUCGUCGGCCAGACCGUCACGGCCAAAUUCAAGGAUGGGGCCCCAAACCCCAAAAAGUCAGCCAAAGCAAAAGCAAAGCUCGCAGAAGUCCUUUGGGUCCCCCCACCACCCGGCGACACCCCUCCAGCUUUUGAUGCCGAUGAACAGUACGCUCGGGGCUUCGACGUUUACGCACCCCCCUUCGUGCCCGCAGCCCUGAAGCAGAUCAACGAGUACGCCGGCACUGCCGUCGACACCUUCCCAAAGACACUUAUCGACUACCUCCAGUACAUCUCUGGGAUUUUGCCCACAAGUCUUUUACCCGCCCUUCCUCGGCCAAAGUUCGCCGACAAUCCCUCUCUCCAAAAUCUUUCACCACAAUGCUACGCGAAAUACUUUCGUUCCUUGAUCGAGGUCGAGCUUGGUUACCAAAGGAAGGAGAACGCUUCUUAUUCCCUAUACGGCCACACAGGAAUACUAAAGUUCAAUGAUCCAAACGAACCGACUGUAACCAUCACAGUCCCAGGACUUCGGGAAAACACCCCCAAUGUCGAAGUGGACGACGAGGUGCAGCUCCGCCAGUUACGAUUCGACUACGGCGGCCACUUGGAAUCCAACCUUUUUCCUUGGACCGGAUACAUCUACAACGCCCGCGUUUCGGCAGUGGUCAGAGCAACCGAGACCCUCGUCUUACGGGUAGGCGGAAUCACCUAUCACACCGCUGAAGUCGUUACUCCUACCAUGAUACCGCCUUGGCCGACAGAGUUUCUUGUCAAGUUCAACAUUGUCUUCUUCGUGCCAAUGGUCCGGUACACGCCCAUGAUUGACGUGCUCCCCCAUGUUACGGAGUCGCUGGAUCUGGCAGAACAUUUCCUUAAAAAUGACUUUGAUGCGCUGGAUUCUUUCAUCGACGAGGUCACUCGAAACGGCUCCAAGAGACCCAACCCGGAUGCGUUGUCCACAACAAAUGUCUACUGGAAACAGUCCAUGUUGUUCCCCACGGAAGCAGACUGCAGUUCCCAGACCAACAUGGUCAACUGGUUGGAACACUACAACGGUUCGCGGUUCGACGAAUCCUUGAACUACGAGCAGCGUAUAGCGGUCGACUCUGUCAUUUGCCAGAACUACGGCACCAUGCCUUAUCUCAUCUCCGGUCCUCCGGGAACAGGCAAAACCAAGACCAUGAUCGAAAUCGCCCUCCAGCUCGUCCGCAACGUCCCCGAUGUAUCUCAUAUCCUCGUCUGCGCCCCAUCGGAACCAGCAUCCGACACCUUGGCCGAUCGUCUCUCCAAGUCCAUGAACCGCAACGAGCUUCUCCGUCUCAACCGACCAACCCGCGACUCGCGAGAGGUCCUAACCACCCUCCUCCCCUACUGCUACAUGCAAAACGACGUCUUUGCUCUGCCCCCUUUUGCCCAACUCAUGUCCUACCGCAUCAUCGUCACCUCCUGCCGGGACGCCUCCAUGCUCAUGUACGCGCGUCUAACCAACUCGGACCUCUACACCGUCUCAUCCACCUUGCAUCAACAAAUCCACCCCACCUUACCACCUCCAACCAAAGCCCGUCUACACUGGGGCGCCCUCCUAAUCGACGAAGCCGCUCAAGCCAUGGAGCCCGAGGCUUUAACCCCCCUUCACGUCGUCUCCCCCCCUCUCAAAGGUCCCGAGCCGCUCUUCACCCCACUAGUAAUCAUGGCCGGCGACGAACAACAACUCAACCCACGCACCUCCUGCCCCUCCACUCCCCUCCAACAAUCCCUCUUCGCUCGCCUCUUCAAGCGCCCCGUCUACGCCAACCACCCCCUCGCCCGCCGCCUCGCCAAAGACGCUCAACCGCCCAAACAACAAUACCAACUCCAUCCCGACCUCCUCCCCAUUCUCCGCCCGCCCUUCACCAAUCUGAUCAGGAACUACCGCUCCCACCCCGCCAUCCUCGCCAUGCCUUCCAAGCUCUUCUACUUCGACACCCUAGUCGCCGAAGCCGACACCCACGAGCGAAACCGUCUAUCAUCCUGGUCAGGCUGGCGCGGCCGUCGCUGGCCUAUUUUAUUUCACGACAAUCCCUCCCCCGACGACCUCGAAGCUCCCAGCCCUGACUCUCCCUCCUCAACAGCGACAACAGGGGGCUGGUUCAACGUCGGCGAGGCCCAUCUAGCCUGUCAAUACGCCUUAUCCCUCUUCCGCUCGGGAUUAGUCAAGCAGAGAGAGAUCUGCAUCAUGAGCCCGUUCAAAGCGCAGGUGAGGCUGAUCAGAAGCUUGAUAAGGGGUGAGCAGUACGGGAUGAUGUGGGAGGUUAAUGUGGGGCCUACGGAGGCGUUUCAGGGGUUGGAGCAUGGGGUUGUUAUUUUGUGUGUGACGAGAUCUAGAAAAAGGUUUGUGGAGAGGGAUAGGGGGUUGGGGUGGGGGGUUUUGCCGGGCGGUGUUAAAAGAGGUGGGAAAGGGGAGCAAGAACGGGUGGGAGGGGGGAUAAGGAAUAAACUCAAUGUGGCGUUGACGAGGGCCAAGUUUGGGUUGAUUGUGUUGGGGAGUAGGGAGGUUAUGAUGGGGGAUGCGGAGAAGGAGGAGGAGGACUCUGACGAGGAAGAGGACGACGAUGACGAUGACGAGUCGAGAGGGGAGGAGGAUACCGGUGGUGAGGAGGAGGAGGGUGGUAAAAAGAAGGCAAAGAAAGAGAAGGGAACUUCUUCGACUCAGGGAACGAGAGGAGAGGAGGGAACGGAAUGGGCACAAAUCAUCGCCUUCUGUGAACGCAAUGGUUGCAUCGCUGAUAGCAACCCGCUGUCUGGAUCUCCCCAGAGGAGUCAGACCCAAAAUGGAGAGGGCUGGCGGGGCGAAUUGACCAAGUGGGAAACAGACAUCCUUCUUUCUAAUCCUCACGGUGGUAGAGGUAGUCACUACCGGCAUGGUGGGAAUACCUUUACAUCAGAUGUCACCAGUGCCAGUGCCAGUAGAACAGGGGAGUGUAGCGAUGUGGAUGAGUUUUAGAGAAACAGAAGACAGAGAAGUCAAUGGGGGACUGGAGAGGGCAUCAAGUUUGUGGGAAGAGAGAAAACCUAAGGUACCCACAACACUCAACACUUGUGGGAAACUGGUUAGCGUGGUGUUUGGUGUUUGUGGUUUUAUUCUUUCGGGAGUCCA